GGCUAUAACAGAAAGGAGAAGGGCGAAAUAAGGAAAGGAAGGGGGUAAAGAAAGGGGUAGGAGAGCAUUGGGACUUAAUGGUUGCGUGCAGGUGAUUAUCUUUCUGGAUGCUUGUGUCAGGUCAGAGGAAAACUGGUUUUACAGCUCUCUGUCCAGAACUGGAAGGCGCGAGAGGAGCGAGGCUUUGUCCUCUAGCAGACCGUUUUGAAGUCUACGAGGACCCCGUGUGGUUGGUUGCAGGCCUGGAAAGAAUAGCCAUGUCCACGGACCCAACUGCCCAGCAAAAUCAGACUGCAGUAGCUCUGCAGGGUGGCCAGGCACAGGGUGGUAUGGCCUUUAGUGAUGUGGCUAUCUACUUCUUGAGGGGGGAAUGGAGACUACUUGAUGACUCUCAGAGGCGUCUGUACCACCAGGUGAUGAUGGAGGUCUUUGUUCUCAUGUCCUCAUUAGGACUUAUACCUUCUGGGACUGACAUCACUCAGCUGGGGUCUUCAGGAAAUCGCUUCAUCCCUGCCCUGAGAUUUUUGACUCCAAGAGUGGAGCUUGCAAAGAUACCUUGUGAGCAGACCCUUUCAACGACCAUGCAGCAGCAGCAGCAGCAGCAGCAGCUGAGCCAUGCUGAGAAACCCUUACAAAGAGCAGAAUGCAGAAUUUCAGUUCCGAAGAGAAACAGAAGUGACCCAUCAGAAAAGACUUUACAAAGCACAGACAAUACAAUGGACUGCCACACUCUCUCCGGGCUUCACAGGCAUCAUGUGACUCACAGUGCUGUGGAGCGACCCAAGAGUACCAAGAGAGGAAAGGCCACUCCCAGUGAGAAGAGGAAUUGCAAAUGUUACGACUGUGGCAAAUCCUUCAAUUGUAAGUCUCUGCUUAUUCGACACCGGAGGAUACACACUGGAGAAAAGCCUUUUAAGUGUAGCGAGUGUGAGAAGUCCUUCAUCCAAAAGACUGAUCUGAAUCAACACUUGAAAGUUCACACUGGAGAAAAGCCCUUUAGAUGCAGCGAAUGUGGGAAAGAUUUCAAACACAACCGCUCCCUUGUUGGGCAUCAAAGACUUCACACUGGAGAGAAACCUUAUAAAUGCAACCAGUGUGGGGAAUCGUACAUGAACAGGUCCAGCCUCAUAUGUCAUUAUCUGGUUCACACUGGAGAAAAGCCUUACAAGUGCGGCGAGUGUGGAAAAUUAUUUAAGGAGAAAUCCAGCCUCGUUUACCAUACCCGAGUGCACACUGGAGAAAGGCCUUUUGAGUGCAGCCAGUGUAGGAAGUGUUUUAAAAAAAACUCACACCUCGUGAAACACCAGAAAGUUCACAGCAGGGGAAGACCCUUUAAGUGUAAUGUGUGUGGGAGAUACUUUACCAUGAGGUACAGCCUCAUCAAGCAUCAGAGAUUUCACACUGCAGCAAAGCAUCACGAGUGCAAGGAGUGUGGGAAAGUGUUUUGCUACAGGACUGGACUUUCUAGACACCGAAAGAUUCACGCUGAAAAAAGUAUUGAGUGUAAUGAGCAUGGGAAGUAGUUCCCAUGAUCUACCCUAUCUACACAAGAGGACGUUCAAUGGGCAAAAGUCAAUAGUGCUUCAAAUGUGGAGAACCUUCACCCACACGUCCAUCCUGUUUAACCUAAGAGGCCAGAGUGCUGGGAUGCAUCCUGAAUUCACUGAUGCUGGGAAAGCCUGAGAGCAAAGUCUGUUCUUAUUAGCAACACAGACACAACCCAGAUAGGUUUGUGAAUGCAGAGAAGGUAGAGAGAGCUCCAGUCAUUGACCAAGCUUGUUGAGCCUUAGGACUGAACACGACGUUGAGCAGAGAAGUCCUGAGAGUGGCCUUUGUGAGGAAGCCAGUCAUUGCAAGUUACUCAUCAAAGAAGGUCACAGAGGCAAGAUGAGAAUUAGUGCCAUCUUCUUAUUCCUAUGAAGUUAAUGCUUUCUGGGGAAUUAGCAAGAGGAAGCCGUGUUCUUGACUGCACCAGAAUGGGAUGCAAUCUCCAUGUUACUGAGUGUGAAUGGGGGAGGAAGAAAGUGACCUCGGUUUAAAUAAGACAUAUAUUUGUUGCUGCUACUGCUGUUGUUUGUUUGCUUGCUUGCUUGCUUUGUUUUUUCCCUCACUGAAUAUUGCAGUCCGUGGGAUAAAUGAUCAUUUACUGUAAAGUCUUCAUGACUAUUGUGUACUUAAGUGUCACUAAUUUUGUUGGGGACUAGCUCUGUGUAGCACCUUAUGCCCUCUUGUAGGCAUAUAGCCCAUAUGUUUUAAGUAUGUGUUGCUUUCUUGGGUAUGUUUUGUCUGUGUAUAUGUAGAUACAGUGAAUAUGUGCCUGAUGGUUAUGAAGGUCCAAAAAAGGCAUUUGUUUCCUAGAACUGGAAUUACAGUUGGGUAUGAACCAGUAUGUUUGCUGGAAAUGGAACCCAGGCCCUCUGCAAGGGUGGCACUUGAACACUGUGCCCUUGCUCCAGCCCAAGUUAAGAAGUUAGCAGAUUCUAUUCUAAGUGGCUAUGUGUUUCAGAUUUCCUCCUGCAGCAUAUCAGAUACAGGGUCCUCACAUCCUCCCUGAUGCUCUGUAAGCUGCGUGGAGUUCAUUUGAAUCACUUAGUUCAUUUGAGUCAUUUAGUGUGGCAGCAUGUAAUUGUAGUUUUAAUUUGGCAUUAUCUUCAUGUGUUAUUAUAAAGAUUCGGUUAAAUUUGUGGGUUUGUGUAGGAGCCAAUAUGCAUGUGUGUGCACCACAUGUAUGUCUGGUCCCCUUUCAGGUCACAAUAGCCAUCAGAGUCUCUUGAUUGUGUAGGGAGCCAUUCUGGACUUCCUGGUCAGCAGGAUGGAAGUCUGUUCCAGGUAGUAAACAAGCCCAUGUUUGGUGGAUGGCCCGCCCUUAAUUCCUGAUUGGCUGAGCAAGCCUGCCUGGUGAGGUGAUGUGACCUGUGGUGAUUGGUGGGGGCGUGGUUGUGGCUGGAGUGGAGAAAAACACUUGUAAACUAGAGAGGCUGGGGGGUUUGAAGUAAGUAGCUGCCUGAGUAAAAACUGCAUUAAG